CUUCCUGAUAAACUCCAAGGCUUUCUCAACGAUUGGUCUCAGUAUUGGAAAGGACGUGACAUCAGCAAAUUUGCAGACUUGGGGCUGGGGGGCUGCUGUGGGCUCUGGCUGGCGGCCAGCCGGCGAGGUGGAGUGUGUGCGUGCGUGGGCGUGCGUGCCUGUCUGCCUGACCACAGGUAGCGCUCCGAGUGCCAUGCCGGAGAGCCUGAGCAGAACGUGUGCUGUUCGGCCAGCCACAGAACUGGGAGUUCCCGGGAACAGGGGGAACAUGGAAUUUGGACUUUACUGAGCAACUGGAGCGUGGACCUUGCUGGCCCGGGAAAGCACCAUGGAUGGCGAACAAGGGGGCAGGAUCGGCAGCAAGCCCCCGGGGCUCGAAGGCUCUUCUGACACUAGGCUGCUUGCAAACCCAUUGAUGGGGGAUGUUGUGUCUGAUUGGUCUCCUGUCCAUGAAGCUGCGAUCCAUGGACGUGUGCUCUCUCUGAGGAACCUCAUCAGCCAGGGCUGGCCUGUGAACCUCAUCACGGCAGAUCGUGUGUCCCCACUCCAUGAAGCCUGCCUCGGAGGGCAUCUCUUGUGCGCAAACAUUUUAUUAAAGCAUGGAGCUCAGCUUUUCUUGCAGGUGAAUGGCGUCACUAUGGACUGGCACACUCCCUUGUUUAAUGCUUGUGUCAGUGGCAGCCAGGCUUGUGUGAAUUUGCUUCUGCAGCAUGGAGCCAGCCCCCAUCCUGAGAGUGAUCUGGCGUCUCCCAUCCACGAAGCUGCCAGGAGAGGUCACGUGGAGUGUGUUGAAGCUCUUGCAGCUCACGGGGGCAACAUUGACCACAACAUCAAUCACAUGGGAACACCUCUCUAUUUGGCUUGUGAAAACCAGCAGAUAGCCUGUGCCAAGAAACUCCUGGAGUCAGGAGCAACCGUGAACCAAGGUAGAGGUCUGGAGUCCCCUCUUCACGCAGCAGCCAGGGCGUCCAGUAUGGAGCUGGCUGCCUUGCUCAUGGACUUUGGAGCAGACACCCAGGCUAAGAAUGCCGAAGGCAAGCGUCCUGCAGAGCUGGUGCCUCCAGAGAGCCCUGUGAUGCAGCUCUUCUUGCAGAGAGAAGAAAAAAGUUUUCUGACCCCUGAUCUGGAAUUAGCAAUGAAAGGCAAAAGCAUUAACCUCACAGUGAGAGCAGGGUUUGGUGAAAACACACUCUGCUGCUUGGGACUUCACAGCAGAAGAGAGAGAGAAUCAACAGGUGCACCAGGCCCAGCGCCAGGGAGCACAACACUCCCCCAGGGAUCUGCAAAGACUUUGGUCAGUGGGUUCCACGGCUUUAAGAGCAUGCUUCUUCCUUUGCCUGAGCAGUGCUGACUCCAUUCCCUCUGAUUAAUGAGUAAGCAGUUUUCUGUCUUUAGUUCAGUAAUCUGGGGAUGGAAGACAGCUGUUCCACUACGGAUCCCCACCAGUGCUAGUGAUGCUAAAUUGGUUGUGAAAUGAGGCUGGCAGAUCGUUUUCCUUGGGCUGUAAAUUUCUGUGUCUCAUAUGAUUUCCACUCUAGGUCAGGACUGGAGAGAGCCAUUUUAGGAGGGAGAGAAACUUCGGUCUGACCAUACUGUGCUGGAAGAAGUUGUCAAAGCAGAUAGCUUUUGCUGUAAAGUUUCAUCUUCUUAGGCUUGUCACUGUGGGCAAAGGUCUCGCUUUAAGUGCAGAGUCAUGGAAUAAUGAGCUUCUUUGAAUUAGCUUAUUAGGUCUGAAAAGAAUGACUCAGAAAUCCUCGAGGAGCUUGUUUUCCCCUGAUGUGGAAUAACAGGACAAUACUUGAUACAUGGCUGCCCACAACACAGAGGACCUACUUUAUUCAAUAUUUCACCUAACGAAUGGAGACAGUAAAAUUACAUCUGGAUGUUGUCUAUUCUGACACAGAUACUAACCUUUGAGUAGUGGUGUGUUGAUAAAAUGUUUAACAUCCAAAUUUCUGGGAAAAAAAAACUUUUGGUUUGCAGUGUUUGCCAAUUUCUCUGGUGUAAAUAUGGCCACAUGACCAAUUUCAAGCUACCAACAUGACAUCAGUGAAUGCAGAAUUUGGGAACAAAUUUGCACGAUCAGCUUUUGGGAGAUAAUCCCAGUUGGCUGCAGCCAUGACUCUUCUAGGGCUAGGCUGUAUAGAACAAGGCUGGCUCCUGUCGCCUGCAUCGGAAGGUAUAAGCUGCUGGGAAAGGAGUGAGGGUGUGGCACACUGGGGGACAGAUCUUGCUUCUGUCCCCAGGUCUUCACUUCUUCCCAACAACUUUCAAGUAACCAGGCACCAGCUUCUUUCCAACCGAUUCAAGAGCAAACCUACAGGAUUGUGUAUUUUGCCCUUCACCUUUUCUGCUCUCCCUUUGGAAGUCUGAACAACAACACAACAAAUGGAAGACAGAAAUGAGAUGUCAGCAAGGUCACCAAGCCUGGAGCUAACUGCAGUGUCCUCUGAAAGGAUUCUGCUACUUUGACGUUUAAAAAUGUAUUUUCCUCCUAUAAUUCCUAGAAUUGGUUCACUUUGAAUUCACUAAGCCUUUAGGACACAAUUCAGAGCAGAUGCUCCCAAACUGAAAAUUCAUACACAGAACCUUGAAAUCUAGGGAUUCCUCAGAUUCUGCCUCAGAUCCAAAGAGUUGGAAUCCCACUGAGGGUAGAGAAUGGAGAGCAAGGCCACAUGCAAUAUUUUACAGCAAUUUCCUUGGAUGAUUCUGAUGCAGAUAAAGGAUUGGAAAUCAGUGCGCUAGGAUUUGGUCAUUGUCCCACUGGGCAGCACUCAAAGGUAAGCUGCAUCUUCUAGAGCAGCAGUCCGAAUGCGGGCGUUUACAGACGAGCAAGUGCAGGACAGCAGGGCAAAUGCCUGUGCCAGGGCCCCACCAAACGGUUAUUUACUUAUUUGGAAUACAGAGAGAACCCCUGUUCUCUGGUUCAUUCCUAAAUGCCCACAACAGCAGGGAUUGGACAGGCCGGAGCUGGGAGUGGGAUACCCAAUCCAGGUCUCCCACAUGGGUGGCAGGGACCCAACCACUUGAACCGUUACAUACUGCCUCCCAGGAUGCAGAGUAGCAGAAAGUUGGGAUCAGGAGCUGGAUCUGGGAAUUGAACCCAGGUACUCAGAUGUGGGAUGUGGGCAUCUUUUUUUUUUUUUAAAUGAUUUAUUUAUUUUUUUCGAAAGGCAGAGUUAUAGAGAGGCAGAGGUAGAGAGAUAGAGAGAGAGAUCUUCCAUCCGCUGGUUCACUCCCCAAAUGGUCACAAUAGCAGGAGCUGUGCUGAUCCGAAGCCAGGAGCCAGGAGCUUCCUGUGGGUCCCCCAUGCGGGUGCAGGGGCCCAAGCGCUUGGGCCUUCCUCCAUUGCUUUCCCAGGCCACAGCAGAGAGCUGGGUCAGAAGUAGAGCAGGCAGGACUCGAACCGGUGCCCAUAUGGGAUGCCGGCACUGCAGGGGCAGCUUUGCCGCCUACAGCACAGUGCCGGCCCCAGGAUGUGGGCAUCUUAAGUGGGGUCUUCACUGCUAGGCCAAAUCCCUGCCCCUCCAUCGAACUUUCAGAUCCCCAAGUUUCACUGCUGUUGUCCUUGAUUCACAAAUGCUGGCAGCCAUUUUGUCCUUCCAUCCCUCAAGCAAAGUCCCCCAAAACAAGCACUUCUGAAAGUAUUAGGGAAACUGCCCGAGAUGCCACACCUGGGUGACUCUGAGUGCCUUCAGAGGCAGAAAUAGCUGUCAGAAAGAGAAGCUCGUAGCCGUUUGCAGCCCUGCGUCGACAUCAGUUUUUGGUCUUUGAGUCAAUGUAGAUUAGGGGCAUCAAUUCCUAUUGCAGCCAACUGUCAGUUAACAUCUCCCUUAGGAUAACCGACUUGAGUAUAAUCAGCAGGUGAACACACUCGUUAUCAUUGUCCGUCUUUCCGAGUUUCUGAGUAUCGAUUUUCAGUCUGGAAGCUGGGCCCAAACAGAUGUGAACUGUAAGUGAUUUUUCUACUCUUUUUCUCCAAUUCAUUCAUUUAUUCACUGAGUAUCUGUAGAAAGUCUGCAAUGCACAGACAGUGGUGAUACAUCAGUCAGAAAAAAAAUUAACCUAGAAACCUUGGUUGGUCUCCCAGUGGGAGGACAAUUAGAAAAUACAAUAAGCAAAGUAAUAUCAACUAAAUAUGUCAUAUGGUGAACAGAGCAAAGACCUAAAACAUAUGUCAGAUGGUGAGACGUGCCAUAGAGACAAGUAACUCAGCGAUGAGGACGGGAGGCGGGAUAGGGAUUGUGCCCUGGUAAUAACAGCGGUUAAACAACUUGGAUUGCUUCGGAGACGCACAGGACCCUCCGGGGACAUUGCUUCCAAAUCUGAGACCGGUACAGGCAAAGGACGCCAUGGAGAAAGAGCAUGAAAGUAAGCACAGACCCAUCACAGGCAAGGGCUGGCCUGUAGCAAGUGCUCUGGAGACGACGAAGGUCCAUUGCCCUCUCUCUGUGAAGGCCGGGGUGUGACACUCUCUCGUUUUCUCAUCAGGAGCCCUAGAUGUGUACCAGGGGACCCCAAAUGGAGAAUGGGCGAAAGUGUGAGUUUGUGUUGGGUUUUUACUAUUUGGCAGGGAAUGAGCUAUAACAGCAGAGCCCUUCCAGGGGCUCUCCUUAAAGAGAUGCCACUCAUCUGUCUCACUGUUAUCACGAAACAAUGCUGACCAGCUGGCACACCCCUCCUGAUAUCACACCCACUGUUACACAGCAGUGCAAUUAGAAAUCCCUAGAUCUCAUGCCUUGGCUGGUUCUAGGCCUACUGCAGUGAACUCUCACAGCACACAUUGCAAUUCUAAGUAACAAUUCUAAAUUGCCAUUCAAAAACACAGGUCAAAAUCUCAAAGUAGUUACACAGCUAGCUAUGCAGAAACUUGAAAGUGGGGCGGUAGUAGGGGGAGGCAGAGAGAACAGCAAGUGCAAAGGCCCUGAGGCAGGCCACUAUUCAGAAAAGAAUAGGGUGGUGGGGUGGGUGGGGUGUCUCUGAGGUCAAGGCUGAAUGAAUGAUGAGGAAACUUAGUGAUGAUCAUCAUGUGAUCUCAAAGAGGUAAAGGAGUGGGGCCGGCACUGUGGCGCAGUGGGUUAACGCCCUGGCCUGAAGUACCAGCAUCCUAUAUGGGUGCUGGUUCGAGACCGGCUGCUCCACUUCCGAGCCAGCUUUCUGCCUGGGAAGGCAGUGGAGGAUGGCCCAAGUCCUUGGGCCCCUGCACCCACUUGGGAGACCCGGAGGAAGCUCCUGGCUCCUGGCUUCAGAUCGGCGCAGCUCCAGCUGUUGUGGCAAAUUGAUGAGUGAACCAUCGGAUGGAAGACCUCUCUCUCUCUCUCUCUCUCUCUCUCUCUGCCUCUCCUCUCUCUGUGCAACUCUGACUUUCAAAUAAAUAAAUAAAUAAAUUUUAAAAAAAGAGGUAAAGGAGCAAAUGCAGCAUGUUUUCUCUCUCUGCCUUGUUUUGCCCUUCAUGUUACAAUGGAGCAGGGCAGUCCAUAAGCAGAGCUUAUUACUCUGGGAGUAUACGCAUAAGAUUCAGAAGGCCUGUAAAUUUAAGCUUUUUAAAAUAAAAUUUUUCUAACUCUAACUGAAAUUGAGCAUUUCUUUCCAUUUGGAACGUAGGCAACCAGAAUCAUUUCAGCAUACUUACAACUCUGCCAAGCAUGGUUGUUGCAGAGAUUUUUAUAUUAGAUUAUAGUUCAUGCAACCAUUCUGAAGUAUCUUUUAUGCUCAUCACCUCCUGGGAAUUACUGUAAUUAUUAAGCUACUGCUAGAUUGUUUAUGAUCAUGGUCUCCCUGCCUGCGGAGCCAACAACGAACCUGGAUGUUUCUACAACUGGAGUUCAACACAGACAGCUCGGGAACAUUCUGUUGUCUUUGGAAGACUGUCUUCACCUUGAAAUAUGAACUGUGGACGUUUUAAUGCUACUUGCAACAUUUGCAACCCUUAAAUCAAGAACUUGAGGUUGAUUGGAUAUUCACCACAGUGUGCCUCCAGCCAUAUGAAAGACCACCCACAGUACAAGGUGCUUUUUGAGACUAAAACAACAGCCUUCACACAAAAGUGUCUAAGACAAAUCUCACCACUUCCAUGUGUAUACUCUCUGGUUACUUUAUUUGUUAUUAUGUAGGGUGAUAGUAAAGAAGCCCUUUGGUUAUUGUACUAUAAAUUUAUUAAUUGCAUUUGUUUCAAAGAUUCAUUAAGACAUACUUCACAUCCAAGUCAUAGAACCUUACCAGUCGCAAAAGAAAAAAAAAAUUAGCCUGGUAAGAAGAUUUCCUGUUAUACGUUCCAAAGAGAUAUGCAAGGUCUCCAGGAUAACAGCUGGUAUCUUGAGAAAUUGAAUUUUCCAGUGCCAGGUAAGGUUGAUGAGGUAUUAACUCCUGAAUGGAACCUAUCAUAUAAGAUUUGACAAGCUUGAAUUAAUACCUAAUGUUCUCAAAAAGGGUGGGAAAUGAUUGGAGAGCAAUCAGGGAGCAUUCCCAAAGAGGCCACAGACAAGCUGCAAGCAGAUAAAUAUGAAAAUGCACCCCAUUAGCAGGUCACGAGUGGACCGGAAUGGGCUUGUCAUUGCAGAGGGGAAAAUAAAAGCUUAAGGAGAUGUGUGAACACAACACAGGGCUGGCACCAGUGCUGAUUUCUCACUCAGGCAGCCAGGGAUUGAACUAUAGUACUUGGCUAUUUGCAACUGCCUUUGGCUGAAGUCUUAUUUAAAUAAAUGAAAAGGGUUUCCUCAACCAUGCCUGCUUGUUGGCAAAUGCACGCCCCUUAGUUCUGUCUCAGUCACUGACUUGGGCUCUGACCACUCUGCUAAUGGUCCAAGUUCAGUGCCAACUGCCUACAUUUAACCAAACAGCCUUUCUCCACCUUGUACAAUCUGCAGAGUUCUCACUGACUUCUUGGAGUGCCAGUGGUCCCCGGUGGGGGACAAUUUAACCCAUUUCCUGGGGGACACUUGAAAACCUCUGGAGACAUUUUUGGCUGUCACCACUGGGGCGGGCCCCUGGCAUCUAGAUGGAAAAGGCCAGGGACGCUGUUCCACCUCUCAUAGUGCACAAGAACCAGGUGUGGACGAUGGUGCGUAUCACCACAGAAGUAAGCGUUGGGACCAGCAUCGUGGCACAGUGGGUUAAGCCGCCACAUGUGAUGCCAGCAUCCCAUAGCAAAGAGCCAGUUUGAGUCCUGGCUGCUCCACUUCUAAUCUAGCUCCCUGCUAAUGCACCUGGGAAAGCAGCGGAAGAUGACCCACUUUUUAGGUCCUUACUACCCAUCUGGGAGACCUGGGUGGAGUUCUAGGUUCCUGGCUUUAGUCUGGCCCAUCCUUGGCCAUUGCAGCCAUCUGGGGAGUGAACCAGCAGAUGGAAGACCUCUCUCUUUCUCUGCCUCUCCUUCUCUCUGUCAGUCUGCCUUUUAAAUAAAUAAAUCCUAAAAAGAAUGAGGGUCUGCAGGAAAAGCAGAGCAGCCAGCCAGAGAAGGAGGAAAACACAUAGCAGUUUGUCUCUUCAGGCACAUUUUCCCAAUGCAGUGCUGCACUGGACUUCAGCUUGUUCCAUAGAAAGUACUCGUUCCUUUCCUGCUGUCAUACUUUUUGUGGUUAUGAAGAAGGCAGCCAAGAUUAAGGAGGCUAUCAUAAGGCUCUUUCUGUCACCACCCAGAAAAGCACCCACAUUUGGAGCUCUUUUGUUCAACUGAUCUUAUACUAAAAUAUCAACAUGCAAGGGGAUUUCGAAAUAUUCAUGAAAACAGAAUUAAAAGAUAAACUUGUUUUGGUGCAAAAACAUUGAAAUCCAAGGAAUUUUCAUAAACUUUUUGAAGACCCCUUGUAUUAUUCAAUGAUAGUGACCUACAUAUCAAUUAUAAUCUAUAGUGCAUACUGAUAUAUAGCCUCCUCCUCCUCCUACUCUUUUUAGCUCCUAUUCAGAUAAGGAAUUUGAAUACAGUCAUACCUUGUGUAGUGGGAGUGACUGGGUGACAAAAGUGUUUCCAAAGAUAGCAGAGUCCUGCCCUAAGUCGGAGUAAGGGGUGCUCUGACUUGCCCUGUGGAAAGGAGAUGGCAGUAAGGGCCAAUGAAAAUGCAUGGGGUAAACGAAGGGAGCACAGUUUCACAGGGUCGUACUCAGACCCAGGCUGCACGGGACUGGGAGGUAGGACAGACAAGCCUGCAAUGAGCAGCCGUCCUUAAUCACCUCUGCUGGUGCUUUUCCCACCACAGAACCCAUGGCUCAUUUAUCUAACUAUCUUGUGGUUUACUGGCUGCUAAUUAUUCCUACUCUGAUAUUUGUUAAUGAAAACCCAAGAUAUUUUCUAGCAAAGCAUUUGGAGGGUCUGGGAAGAAGAGAGUCCUCAAGACAAAAGGAAAAACUUCUAAUUUCAUGUUCCUGUAGGUUGGAAGAACAGAUGCUGGGGCUCCGUUGGGCCUCUAGAGGAUUCCUUCUAUCAGCCCACGCCGUCCCCUGCCUCUAGUCACUUAAGCAACAUGACUUGUUAAGCACACACUUUCUGAUCCAUAAAGCUCCAGGCAGCCUUAUCCACCCCUGUGAUGUAAAUGCCACCUCUGCACCCACAGCUCCCAGACAUAAAAGCUGACAAAGGACCAUCAGAUUUGGCUGUUGCCAAUACAAUACCUAAUCAAACAGCAGUGUAGCUUCAUUGAGUUUGAAUUUUGGUUGAGGUGGGGAAGCAGAGGUGGCCACUGUUUCCCAAAGAAACCAGUGAUGAGGUUCAGGGAAGGAGGGGCUCUUGGCUGGUCCUGUAAGGGAGAUGGAAAGUUCCUUGCAAAUCUAGGCUCAGCUGGCACAGACAAAGCCCCACCUCAAGCAUACACCUUCCUGCAUUCUGCUUCAAGGUCUCCUCUGAACUGUUGGAAGCUCAUCAGGUCCUCGUAUAAGCACACAGCAGAAAUAUGAGGAAAGUACCCCAGGAACUACCCUCACAACGGGAGAAAGGCCCUAAUGUCUACAUACUUCAACCUCCCAUCUUUAGGGUGGUCAUUCCUCCUGCUUCUCUGGUUGAAUGGAAUCCACAUUUAGCACCGUGAUUGAGGACUUCGAUUAUACACCCUGAGACUGGCUUUUCCUUCUUCCUGUGUCACUCUUCCCUCUCACUGGUCCAUAUCUCAUUGCAGUUGCCAAGUGCUUUCACUUGGAUCUUGUCACCACCAGCACCGAGUGAGCUUUCGGCUUUGCAAUCUUGGCACUGAGAGUUUUACUGAGUAUGUUCUCAUGCUGUGCCAUGUACCCUCUGUGGAUCCUGGGUGGCUUCCUGGCAGUUCUCAGCUCUCCUCUGAACUAGAGGGGUGAAAGCAUGGAGACUGUACCUCCCAGAACUUUCAUCAUCAGAGUUCCAGAUUCACUCUCUUAAUAAGGGCACCGUUGAGAGGCUGUUAUUUCCCAGUGGUGGUUGGAGGCAGGUAACAGGGGCUGCAGUUGCACCUCUGAAAAUUGCCCACUUCAGCACUGUGGGCAUUUGAGGCUGUUGGUGGCAAUUCCUGUGACCCCUAUUUUUUUUAAAUUAAUUUUUUCUCCCCUCCAACACUUCUAGGAUUUGUGUAAGUCUCUGAUUCCUGAUGGCAAAUCCUUCCCUGCUCAAAAUAACUAGAGUGGUCCCCACUUUUGUGGACAAACUGAUACACAUAUAUUAUCUAAUUUUAUUGAGAAUAAAGGUCUAGGAAUUGAAUUUGGUUUGCGAAUGUUGGUGGCUAAUAGGUGAUAUGGAAAUAAUAAAAUCCAGCUCAGGUAGCAAAGGUAUUUGAGAGAUGUUAGAAUAAUGAAGCAAAUAUAUAUUACAUUGGAUGUCAAGAAGAAAAUCAUUUAAAGAGGAGGGGGAUCCUUGUUGAUGAAAGUUCUCUCCCUUAUCAAAUCUGGUGGACGUAAAAGAGGGCAGUUUUAAAAACCAAGGAAUUGGAGCCCUCUGUGAAGUCCUGGCAGAAAAAUGAAGCAGGAAAACUCAUUGUCAUGCAUAUAGUGACUGUGUUAUCUGAUUUUUUUUUUUUUUUUUGGACAGGCAGAGUUAGACAGUAAGAGAGAGAGACAGAGAGACAGGUCUUCCUUCCGUUGGUUCACCCCCCAAAAUGGCCAAAGCCAGGAGCCAGGUGCUUGCUCCUGGUCUCCCAUGUGGGUGCAGGGCCCAAGCACUUGGACCAUCCUCCACUGCCCUCCCGGGCCACAGCAGAGAGCUGGACUGGAAGAGGAGCAACCAGGGCAGAAUCCAGUGCCCCAACCGGGACCAGAACCCGGUGUGCCGGUGCCGCAGGUGGAGGAUUAGCCUAGUGAGCCGCGGCGCCGGCCUAUGUUAUCUGAUUUCUAAGGGCUGCUUAUGUAAUGAUGUUGGGAAUUGUAUGCUCUGUGGUGCUGUGAAGUGAAAAGUAAAAGUCACUGCAAAAAAUAAGAAUUCUGGGUCAAAUAACAAUUCAUAAAUCUAUCAUAUAAUGCUUCCUUGACAGAUCAGGAGGGUAGCAUUUUAAAAUGUAGAGCAUUUGCUAAGCUCUUCAGAUCUGCUGGAGAAAAGGAUGAAAGCUUCCUUUCUCCUGUUUGUGGAGUAAAAUAGUGCCCUAGAAAUACAAGGCCAAAUGUCUGAGUCAUAUGAAGAAUGAGUAGUUACGAUAAUGUUUCCAAGGUAGCCGAUUGCUUGACAUUCACUAUGUAAAGCUUAUUUGCAUUAUUCAUAUAGAGAUUUGGGGCAACCUUUCUUAGUUAUUGAUCCCAAUUCAUGAUUUGUGAUUUUGGCAAAAUAUUGAGAGUAAAUUUAUAGAAUGUACCCCAAUAAAAAGGUUUGUAUAUUAGUCAGGGUUCUUAAAACUAAUAGAAUUGAUAGACAGACAGAUGGACAGACACAUGAGUUCUAAGGAAUUGGCUCUUGUGUCCAUGGAAGCUGGCAAAUUAAAAAAUUUGCAAUCAGCCAGCUAGAGACCCAAGAGACCUGAUGAUAGAUAGAUCUAGUCUGAAGGCUAGCAGGCUCAAAACCCCUGCUGAUGUUUCAGUUCAAAUGUGGAGGCAGGGAAAAAAGGAUGUUCCAAUUUGAAGGCAAGAGAAUUUCCAUCUUUCUCAGCUUUUCUGUUCUAUUCAGACCUUCAACUGAUUGGAUGAGGCCACUAACAUUAGGGAGGGCAAUCUGCUUUACUUAGUCUACUGCUUCAAUGUUAAUGUCAUCCAGAAACACCCUCACGAACACCCCCAGAAUAAUGUCUGGCCUAAUGUCUGUGCACCCCGUGUGCUGUCAAGUUGACAGAAAAUCAAACCUCACAGUAUGUACAUGUUGUGAAAUAGUACACGUGCUUUCCAAGUAAGAACACCAAGAGAGAUGCUUACAUUGACUUGACAAGCACUUCUAAACCCAAACCCAGGAAGAGUUCCUGUUUCAGUUGUCAGAGAUACCAAGACAUUGGCCCUAUUUCAAGGAUUCCCUAGCCCACUAAGAGAAACAGAUAAGAUUUGCAAAACUGUGCCUUGCACUGCUACAGAGUUAUGCAGAGGACACUAAGGAAGAACAGACAAGUGCCUGGAGGGAGUUGGAGAUGGCCUCUUGGAAGAGAUCACAUCUGAUCUGUGUCUUAAAGGGCAAGCAACAUUUUGCUAAAAGAGAAGAUGAAAAGAGGAUGUCAAAUGACAGAGAAUACACAUUCUAGAAAUUACAAGUACUUAUCAUGAGGACUGAAUGAAAUAAUGCAUUUAAGCACCAGUGAAAUAAUGGCUGUUAAGCACUAAUAUCUGGCACUCAGUAGGUGUGAGCCCAGAUCAGCCUUUCUCUCAUCCUACUAUUGCUGUAUAUUAUUUGAGGAAAUCUUGAGGUUUUCGGGGCCAGCACUGUGGCGUAACAGGUAAGGUAAGCUGGCAUCCCAUGUGGGUGCCAGUUCGAGUCCCAGCUCCUCCACUUCUGGUCCAGCUCUCUGGGAAAACAGUAGAAGAUGGCCCAGGUUCUUGGGCCCUUGUGCCUGUGUGGGAGACCUGGAGGAAGCUCCUUUCUGCUGCCUUUGGAUCGGCACAGCUCUAUCAGUUGCAGCCAACUGGGGAGUGAGCCAGUGGAUGGAAGACCUCUUUCUCUCUCUCUGUGUAACUCUGACUUUCAAAUAAAUAAAUAAAUCUUUUAAAAAAAGAAAUCUUGAGGUUUUCAAAGGUGAGGCAAUGUUUGGGUAACUGAGAAGUUCUUCCAUACAAUUCACUACUAUUAAAGAAAUCAUUUCUACUUUGCAGAAAGUACCUUAACAGAUGUUUCUGAGUGAAUUUAGUCAUCAUAUUAAGCAUUGCUUCACAAUGUGGGAUGCUUUUCAAAAGCCUCUUUUGGGUGAACAGAUUGUGUUGCUGCUGAGGGAAUUCACAGGAAUGAGGCCGUCACUGUAAUUCAAACAAUUUCUCCUCAUUUAAGACCACCAACUGUUUAUAUUAGUACUGACAUGAUCCAUUUAUGAAGCAUCUUAGCACAGUUGUUUGAAAAUUUUGGCUGUCAAAUGGUCAUCAGAACAGAGUUGACUCUAAUUGCAAGUAUGAUACUUCUGAUCUCUUUAUCAAAACCUUUACAGAAUAGCCACCAUGUUCAGGUUCAGUUGGAAGGCUUGCGUGUGACACUACAACAUGAGAAAAGUAGAACCUACCAUUUUUGCUCACUAGGCAGCAUUAUUAGAAUGCUGGCACUAAAAAUGAAGGAAUAAGUAAGACCCCCUCCCCCAACAGUUCUCAAAAACACAUGGACAAAUGAUUGCAGCAAAAAAUGAUCAUUUGGACAAUAUAUACAGGAAUGAUGAUACACAGAGAAAGAGCCUGUGAACUAGGUCUUCUUUUUUGAACUAGGUCUUUAAUUAGAAACUUGCCCCCCCCCCCAGAUAGAGAGAGAGAGAGAGAGAAGAAACUUUACAUAUUGGCGACAGCACUGUCCCAGUAGAAGGUAGUAUGCAACAGUAUAUUCCAUUGAGAAAAAAGAAAUUGGCUUGGCAUGAUUGUCACAUGUUGAAAAAGGAUAGGAGAUUAUGUUAGGAUAGUAGUAGCCAAGGACCAAGUUAUACCUAUGAAGUGUGUGUGCGCGCGCACACACACACAAGUGAUAUUGCCCUUUGACUGCAAACUGAAUUAAUAUCUUAGCUUUGACUUUUAUAGACCAGACUAUCACCAUGGGUACUAUGUCUGCUUCAUCAACAUUGCACUUUCUCAAAUGCAUCAUUAAAAGAAAGUAAUGGAUUUCUUUUUGUAGCUCAGUAAGAUGACAAAGCUGUUCAUAUCUUCUUGAUAUUCCAUCAGAUGCCUAAUUUAACUUUCACUUUUGCUUCUCAUCUCUUUUGCCCAGAAACUCACUGCAUGUUGAAUGAAGCUCAACUCAGCCUCUUUUGUAUGCCACUGAAUCUGAGAAUUUGGUACAGUGAUCAUUUGAGUGGCCAUGGCAUGCCUGGCCUGACUUUUUUGAGAACAAUCUUUGUCCAUCUUCCUCCCAUGACACAUCUUUGCAAAGUGUCAUGAUCUUAUUUGUGUUAUAGAAACAUAAUUUCAGCAGUGGGAUGAUCAGUGAAUGAAAGGAAGUUAACAAAACUAGACACAGAGAAACUACUUGGGAGAUGAUGACAUUAAUUCUAGUGGAAAAAGUGAUGAGGUCGUGAAUCAAGACAGUGAUGCUGAGGUGGAAAGGAAAGAGUGGGUAUGAAAGAAGAAAUGUUAAAAAGACAGAAUAAAACUGCCAGUGGAAACUAGAGAUUGAGUGAGAAGGAAAUGAAGAAGGCUAGGAUGAUACCUAAAGUUUCUGACUCAAGUUCCUGUCUAGAUGACAUUUCUAUAAAUCAGAACAGGCCAAUGGGAGAAAGAUGUUCAUUUGCAGUGGUGGGUGGUGAAGGAUAAUUAGUAGUGUUUUGGACAAACAUAGAAAGUUUCUUUGACAUUAGCAGUCAGUUGGAGAUCUGGCACUGGACCUCGAGAAGGGCUGGCAGUGGGGAAGGCAUUAGGCCUAGUGCUUAAGACACUGAGUUGGGAGGAGGGGCACCAAGAUGGCAGAAUAGGGAGGGAGCUUACUGCUCUAGUCCAGGACAAGAUUAAAAAAACGUGGAGAGAGUGCAAUCUCAGGGAAGAGUUAGGGAGAAAACAGCAGAGCAAACUCCAUGCAAAUUACGGGACACUGUGGAUAUAUGUGGAGAGUGUGGAUGCACACAACUCAGGACCCUAGCAGCUGAGAGCCUCAGCAUCAGCUUAUGAGAGUGAGGUGAGACCAGGUUGCAGCAGCCCUAGCCAUUGGCAAUAAAGCUGCAGGAAGAGCCUGGUGAAUCUGGUUUGGAGCCUUGUAGGGGACAGCAUACUUUCCAACUGACAGGAAAAAGGAGAGGCAAGUUUCUCUCUCCCCAACCACCCAGCAUCAGCAUCCUGUAACUAGCCAUGAGGGGGUGGGUGCCAUUUUGGACAUACAUAACAGCUGUGCCAGCUCAUGUCCGUGUGCCCAGCAACCAGUUGAGAGUAGAAACCUGAGUCUAGCUGGGAGAACUGACAGGUGGCUGGGUGCUUCUGACUAUGGGAGGCUUGUGUGCUGGGACUAUGAAAACACUAUGGCUGCAUGUGAGGGUGCAGCGUGUGGCUGGGACUUUGGGCAGUCACAGUGUGUGGCUAUAUAUGCUAGGGGUUUCUUGAUUCCCUGGUGAAGAUCAUUGCUGCAGGAUCCAUGCUCACACUGAGGACUGCAUGGAUCCUUUGUGAGGCAGCACAAAUGAAUACUGUACUUACUGGGGUUAAUGACCAGGCAUUGGUCUCCUUGGAGGAGAAGAGGUGAGUGUGAGAACAUUUCAAUAGAGCUGAACAAACCUCCUCUCUGAUUAAAAAAAAAGAUUUACCAAGCCUAACUUGGGAGUCACCUUGGAUACUGCCCUCACCCUGGAGCAUAGAACAGAGCUCCCUGGCCACACCUAGUACAUGCCUCUAGGUGUUCACUGAAAGAGCAGACACCUCACUAAUCCACAGAGGCAUAAUCCAAAGAUAAAAGCUAUCACCAGAGGAAAAAAACCAAGUAUCUCCAGAAAUGCCUAAUAAUGAACACAGCAUUUCAAAAAACAAGAAUAAGGAAGACAACAUGACACCCCCAAAGGAACACAACACUUCAAUACUAGAAUGUGAAAGUGAUGAGACUGAAGAAGUGCUGGAAAUGGAAUUAAAAAAAUUGAUCAUAGGAUUACUUAGAAGUAAUCAGAAGCAAAUUCAUGAGCUAAAGAAAUCCAUACAUGACCUGAAUGAAAAAUUUUCCCAUCAAAUUGAGAUUUUAAAGAGAAACCAAAAUUUAAUAUUAGAAAUGAAGAAUUCAAUAGAUCAAAUAAAAUGUGUUGGGGAAAGCCCUAACAACAGACUCGGUGAGGCAGAAGAAAGAAUAUCCAAGUUAGAAGACAAAUCUCUGGAAACUUUAUAGUCACACCAAAAAAAAAAAAGAAA